UUCCCUUUCUUCCUCUUCAGUAUGUCUGUGAUCUUCCCUGAUGUCUCCACUAUGUUUGCUGCUGUCUUCAGUCUUCACCUGAGUUCUUCCUUGUGAUUCUGCUGUAACAGUCUGCCCUUGUGCUGAAUCUCCUAGCAACAGACACCUGUUUACCUACAAAAGCAGAACAACAGAGAGCUGCAGCACUGUGCACAUGCCCUGAGGAUUUUUGCCAUCCAUCACUGUUGUCACUGAGGGUUUCCAUUACAGCAGUCACAGAUGGCUGAGCAGGGGAGGAUAGUCACGCUUAGUGUCGGAGCAACAGGCAGCAGGGGACCACUGACCGGCAACGCAGACAAUACUUCUUACAGAGCGUCCUAUGGAAUAAGGUCAGAUCCAGGCAGGUUGAGCUUCAACUCUUUUCUCGCACAUCCCAGUAAGACUGGCUUCACAUCAAACCAGAGACCAGCCAUAUAUUACAAGCCCAGUUUGGACCUCACAGACAACCCUCAGUUUGGACACCUGUUGUCUGACAGCUUCAUGUCACAAACUAAACUCCACUACCAGCCUCACAUCCACUCUGAUUGUUCGGGGUCUAUGCCAAACAUCAUUAACAAACCCAGAGGGAGCGGCUACCAUCAGCUGAGGAAUCUUCCGAAGACAGUGAGCAUGGAGGAAAAGACGGAAUACCAGAGAUUGUUUGUGCCACAUCGACUCACACCAACAGUUUCCCAGCACCAUGUGAUUGUGGGUCCAAAAGUACAAACUGGAUUCACUCAAGAAACAGAUCUUCAACUAAACACAUUUCAAGAUAAAAACUCCCACAUGGUUGAACUUCUGCAGGCUCCCGGCUCGGUGAUGAAAACUGACUUCAAACGACCAUCAUUUCUGCAGUGCACUGAGGCGACAGCGAACCUGUGCAGCAGCCAUUUCUCACGAGAAUCAGGAUACACUCGAGGUGCCACCGCUCCUCUGGCCUGGCCAUCGUCCCUUCUGCCAUCACCUCAGACUAAAAGUACUGCACCAACUGAGAGGACCAUUGGAAAAAAGGAACCCACAGGGCAUCUUCUUAAUGCUCCAAACAACCAGGUUUUCCCUAACACACCUUUUGAUGGCUCACACUUCACUACACAUUAUAACAACAUGUUCUGCCAUGAUGCUGGUUCUGAAAAGUUGAAAUCUGGACACACUUGUUCAGGAAUCUUCAGCGCAAAAAGAGACAGCGGCUUCAGUCGUCGAAGUGGACAGGUUCACCUCUAGGGGCUAGAGCUUCACACACCUAUGUUGGCACCUGCAUAAUUUAAAAUAAAAUGUAGGUUUUUCUUGUUAACA